UGUCCCCCAAUCUCUGCCCUCUCCGCCCCUCGCCAUCUGCACAUCGUCCAACUUCUUUGAGCUGGCCGACCCGUGGCCCGCAUCCGACUCGCACCCGCGCCUACAUACAUCACAACACACACGUACUCUCAGCCCUGCUGCACUUUUCCGGAUCAAUCAAUACCCUCCCCGGGUUUUCUGUCCGUUGCCCCUUCGCCCGCUCUUCUUUUCUUCCCUUUUUCGCCCCCGGGCAGCCGAGUCCGCCAGACACCUGCGCCCUCCCUCUCCCCUACCUCGUUGUCGAGAAUUCCUGUGACGCCGGCAUCCACAAUGGCGGAACCCAUUAAGAAUCGGCGCGCAGAGGUCCCUGCCCCGACUCCGCAAAACACCCCUGCUAACAAUGCCCCCAUCUCCUCUCAUGCCCAACAGCCAGGCGUUGCUAGCAUCAAGGAGGAGGAUCUUGAUCGCGCUGCUGCCGCCUCCAUCUUUGCUCAGAACCCCAAGCUGGUUCAGAUGAUCCAAGGCCGACUCGGCAGCCUCGUCGGUCGCUCUUCCGGUUACAUAGAAUCCCUGCCUGCUCAUGUUCGCCGCCGUGUUGCUGGCCUGAAGGGCAUCCAGAAAGAUCACUCGAAGCUCGAGGCCGAGUUUCAGGAGGAGGUGCUCCAGUUGGAGAAGAAGUACUUUGCCAAAUUUACUCCCCUCUACGAGAAGCGCGCCGCGAUCGUCAAUGGCCAGGAAGAGCCCACCGACGCACAAGUCAAGGCCGGCGAGGAUGACAGCGAGGAAGGCGAGGCUAAGACCGAGAAGCCCGAGAAGCCCGAGAAGCCAGCUACCGACGAGGAGAUCAUCAAGGGCAUCCCCGAAUUCUGGCUGUCCGCCAUGAAGAACCAGAUCUCUCUCGCCGAGAUGAUUACUGACCGUGACGAGGCCGCCCUCCGCUACCUAACCGACAUCCGCAUGGAGUACCUGGACAAGCCUGGAUUCCGCCUCAUCUUCGAGUUCUCGGAGAAUGACUUCUUCACCAACAAGACCAUCACCAAGACAUACUUCUACCAGAACGAGAGCGGCUACGGCGGUGACUUCAUUUACGACCAUGCCGAGGGUGAUAAUAUCGACUGGAAGGAGGGCAAGGACCUGACGGUUCGCAUCGAGAGCAAGAAGCAACGCAACAAGAAUACCAAGCAAACCCGCAUCGUCAAGAAGACGGUCCCGACCGAGUCUUUCUUCAAUUUCUUCUCGCCGCCCAAGGCGCCCACCGAUGACGACGACAACGAUGCUGCGUCGGAUAUCGAAGAGCGCUUGGAGCUAGACUACCAGCUCGGCGAGGACAUCAAGGAGAAGCUGAUCCCUCGGGCCAUCGACUGGUUUACUGGCGAGGCUCUCGCGUUUGAGGAGAUUGAUGACCUCGACGAGGAGAACUUUGACGAGGAGGAUGACGAGGAGGAUGACCUGAGCGACGACCGAGACGAUGACGAUGAGGAUGAGUCGGAUGAUGAUGAUGAUGGCGCAAAGCCGAAGCAGGACGCUCAGGAGUGCAAGCAAAGCUAGAUUUGGCGCUUGAC